AUGCUGGUGAUAUGUAAGAAAAACUUAAACAAAGCUAGAGCUUUAUCAAUAGCACUAUAAUUUGCAACAAAGACAUGGAAAAACAGCAAACUUUCAAUGCCCAUCCUAGCGAUAUAAAAAGCACUAGUAAUUAAGAAUAGACUAAUAUUUUAGUUUCUUAAAAUUUAAACAUUAAAGCUGAACAAAUAUGCCAAGUUGCUAAAGAUAGUUAUUAGCCAAAUGUUAAAAGAAAAAAUGUUUACAAUAAUGAAAUUUGGCUCUAAGAUGACAUUUUUUAUGAUAAAAAUUAAAAAAAAUUAGGUACAAAGGCUGCUUUUAAAUUCAAAGAGUAGUAUUAAAUAAAUGAAGAUGCCAAUAGACAAUCUAAAUAUAAGUAGAACUUUCUAAAAGCUACUAAUAUUAUCAAUAAAAUAUUAAAUACCUCUGUUUGUAGAGUAGUUAGAAUAAGAUAGCAUGUCUAAAAUUUUGUUAAUAUUUUAAAAUUAAGGCAUUUUAAUAAAAAGACAGAUGAAUUGA